AUGGACGAUAUGUUAAGAGCGUUAAAGUGCGAAGUUGAGCUGCGAGAAGAGCAUCGAGUUCAGAGAGAGCAACGAGAACGGCAUGGUGAUCCUGAUAAGUCAUCAAAUGGAGCCAGGCGGAACGAUACGAAAACAGCAAGCGCCCUCCUGACAAAAUCGGGACCGGGGUUGUGGUUGUCUGAUGUUUGUAAGGUGAAUGAGGAAUUGGAGGUAAACGUACUCGUGGGUGCGGAUUACUUGUGGUCGUUGCAGAAAGGUCGUAUUAUGCGAGGGAAGCAGGGGGAGCCUGUGGCUAUCGAGACGGUGCUUGGAUGGGUAGUUUCAGGGCCGGUUGGAAACACGGAUAAGAAUCAACCCGCCACUGCUCAGGCCCAAGAAGAGUUAGGCAUCAUAGAGAGGGUAGGAAAAGAUAGUGUGAUUAAUUCUCAUGCCAAAAUACAUUACAUGCCUCAUCAAGCUGUCGUGCGAAAGGAUGCCAAGACGACAAAGGUUAGAGUGGUUUAUGACGCAAGCGCUAAAGUACUCAAGUCAAGUGUCUCUUUGAAUGAUUGUUUGCAUAUCGGACCUUCACUUAAUCCACUUUUGUUUGAUAUUCUGCUUAGGUUCCGUGAGCAAAGAAUAGCGCUAAUAGCGGACAUAGAGAAGGCCUUCCUAAACAUUGAAGUGCACGAAAGGGAUCGAGAUAGCCUAAGUGCGAUAGGAAUUUUCAGAAAAACUGCUAAAAGCUUUUACGUGGACGAUCUUGCCAGCGGUGAAUCUAGUACAGAGCGAGCGUAUCAGCUAUAUCGUAAGGCCAACGAACGCAUGAAUGAAGGCGGAUUUAAGUUACGCAAAUGGCGGACUAAUGAUAGUGCGUUAAGAUCGCAAAUUGAAGAAGAUGUGCGUGACGUGGAAAGUAGUUGCGUUGAUGAGCAAACGUAUGCGAAAACCACGCUUGCUCAAGUACAGGGUCAAUUUGGGCUCUUGAGUCCUACGAUUGUUAAAGCUAAAAUUCUCUUUCAAGAUAUUUGUUACAGUGGCGUGGAUUGGGACGAUACAUUGCCUAAAAGUGUGAAAGAAGUGGGAGAAGUGGUUGAGAGAUCUAAAGGAGUAGUUUUGAACGGUAACGAUGUUUGUGUUAAGUUGAUUGCCAGCAAAACAAGAGUAGUCCCGAUGAAAGAACUUAGUAUUCCGCGGUUAGAAUUAAUGGCAGCUAGAAUAUUGGCUCAUUUAAUGUCUGCAGUCAGGAAAGCGUUAGAGUCAGAGUAUAAUUUUGAGGGCGUUAAGUAUUGGACUGAUAGUAUGACUGUUUUGUAUUGGAUAGUCAACUCAGGCAAUUGGAAGCAAUUUGUUCAGCAUAGAGUUGACGAAAUAUUAAGGCUUAGCUCAAAAACAGAGUGGAGUCAUUAUCCAGGUAAGGAAAACCCCGCAGAUUUAGGGUCGCGAGGGGUCUUGAUGACUGAGUUAAAGAACGCGGAGGUUUGGUGGUCAGGACCGUCUUGGUUGCGGGGUAGUCCAAGGCAUUAUCCUAUGGUGAAGGAGAUAGUUCCCACAGUAGACAGCAAGGUUGAAGAGAAAAGGUCAUUUGUUGUUAACCUAAUCAUAAGCGCAAGGUCAUUGUUUGGAAUUGGCAAUGUCAUUAGCAUAAGUAAAUAA